CAGAGCCCGGUGACGUCAGAGAAGUCGCCGAGCCGCCGCCGCCGCUGAGCCCGAGAGUCGGAGGAGGAGGAGAGGGAGCGAGCCGCUGGAUGUGGAGCUCGGACUGUGGAGCUUUUUUUCUCUUCUUCCUCUUCGGGACUGGUCGGACUUCUUCUUCUUCCUCUUCUUCUUCAUCUUCUUCUUCUUCAUCUUCUUCUUCCCUCAGAAAGAUGCAGCACCACUGAACACCCAUCAGCCUUUAGAUGUGUGAGGCACAAACAAAGAAACCUGAACAUCAAGAGUCCACAGUAACAGUGGAGUAUUGGCAGUAACCCAAGAGGGAACUCAGAGACGCACAUUUUUCCACUAUGAACCGCGCCUUCAACAGGAAAAAAGAUAAAUCCUGGAUGCACACCCCGGACGCACUGGCCAAGCAUUACAUACCCUACAAUGUCAAGUUCCUUGGAAACACCGAGGUUGAAGCCCCGAAAGGCACAGAAGUUGUAAAGGAUGCGGUCAGAAAGCUCAAGUUCCAGAGGCACAUCAAGAAGUCGGAGGGACAGAAGACUCCCAAAGUGGAAUUGCAGAUUUCCAUUUAUGGCGUGAAAGUACUAGAUCUCAAGUCAAAAGAUGUGCAGCAUAACUGUCAGCUACACAGGAUAUCCUUCUGUGCAGACGACAAGACGGAUAAAAGGAUAUUCACUUUCAUCUGCAAAGACUCCGAGUCCAACAAACACCUCUGCUUCGUGUUUGACAGUGAAAAGUGUGCAGAGGAGAUCACUCUAACCAUCGGCCAGGCCUUUGACUUGGCCUACAAGAAGUUCCUGGAGUCUGGAGGCAAAGACGUGGAAACCAGGAAACAGAUCGGGACCCUUCAAAAAAGAAUUCAAGAACUGGAAUCAGAAAACUCUGAGCUGAAGAAGCAGCUUCAGGAUCUUGAAGAGCAGCUGAUGAUCACUCAUUCUCCACCGCCGCUGCACAUUAACGCCUCCAACGAAGCGUACAUGCUGCAGAGGCCCUCGUCUCUCUUCUGGUGUCACAGCAUCAAGUCACUGUCCUGUCUGGAAAUCUCCUCUGUCACACUCACCCCUAUGAGCUCGCCGGAGUCCAACUUGUCCAGCGGGCUACUAACUCCUCCGCCUGCCAAACCUGCUCCUCUUCCUCCUAAGCCUGCUGAGGGAUGCAGCAUCCCGCGGCCUCGCGGAGGCAGUAUCUCCAUGAAACCGCAGUCGUCCACAGACGUUUUCGACAUGGUUCCCUUCUCCCCUGUGACACCGCUGGUGCCCGUAGUGGCCAGUAACGGCUGCCCGCCACCACCGCCGACCACAUUGCCACCAGAUAUAAGGAAGGACUUGUUUGGUUCAGAGCCUUUCGAUCCGUUCACCUGCGGGUCGGCCGACUUCCCUCCGGACAUCCAGUCGAAGCUGGAUGAGAUGCAGCGUCAGAGAUGGAGGGGUUCAAAAUGGGACUGACCCUGGAGGGCACCGUCUUCUCCCUGGACCCGCUCGACAGCCGCUGCUGAUGCCUCGAAGACGCUCCUCGCCGCCGCGUACUUUGAACCCGUUUGUAUGAAGAAGUGCCAAACUCCACUCCACGGCCGAGUCAAGAUGUCACACUGUUCAUCUUGAGGUUUAUAUGCAUUUGCAUUUAGAUUGGUUUUUUCGAUAUAUCAAGGUGAACUUAGAUCCAUUAUAGAAAAGAACUAUUUUUGUAUGAAGAAUAAAAAAGGAAGGAGUCGUUUUGAGUACCUUUGAUUGCACAAGGCAAUGAGAGAUGUAAAUAGUGGGACAUGUUGAAUGGUACGCUCCGUGGCAGGAUUUUCAUAUGAGACCAUUUUGUGUGUAUGCACCAUUUGAAUUGUGUAUUUGUGACACAUUCCUGUUUGUACGCCGAACACAAGCUGGCAAGAAUUAAAUAAAUGGAACCUGUAUCUUUAAAACCUUCCUCCCGCCCCCUAACAUCACAUACUGUUAUUUUACACAUGAUGUAGCUCAUUAACCCAGUUGGAUAUGUACAUGUAUGUUGCUUACUUACAUUCCCACCUUUUGGUUUUGAUAUUUCAGGAUAAUUUUGUUGUUGCUGUUUUUUUUUGUUUGUUUGUUUGUUUUUUUUAAAAGUAUGAGACGUCAGUUCCAUAUUUACGCAUCGUCAUUUUUACUCUCCUCUCUUCUCUUGCACCAGAAGGCACUUUUUGGGACAGAGACUGUCCAUUCAUGCAGUUCUUAUUCCCAUUAUUUUACUUUUGGUUGCAUUGACUUUGCUGUUACACUUAUUAAAGAAAAUCUUACUGAAAAAA